GUUUACUCAUUGAUACAGAAGCUACAACAUGGGUUCUUCCGAUCUUAAUUUAAAAAAGUCAUGGCAUCCCGCCACGUUCAAAAAUCAGGAGCGAGUAUGGAAGGAAGAGCAGAAAAAGAAGGAGGAAGAUACAAAAAUCGAACAAAUGAGAAAGGAAUUAGCCGAAGAAAGACAGCUUCAAGAUCUCCAACGUAUGCAAGAAGAUGCAGGCACAAAACAACGUUCGAAUAAAUUAGAUUGGAUGUAUGCAUCACCCAACGCAAACUUGAACGGAGCUGCCGAUGAUACCAUGGAAGACUUUUUGUUAGGAAAGAAAAACGUCGACGAAUUGCUUCGUGCUAAGCAAAGACAAGAAAUUGUAGGUUUUCAUUAUUCAUUUAACGUGGCAUGUCCAUUCAUCCGUUCUUUUUUUUUUGUCAUGUAGCAAGCAGCUACCACAGCUGAAGA